CGGACCAAAGCUGAGCAAACGAAGCAAAGUAAAACGAAACGCGCGCGCCUUUCAGUCGUCGAUCGUUCCUUGUCAGCAGCAGGCAGAGUGAGUGAGUUGGUGAGCCAGUCGGUAGCUGUCGCGUUGGUCGGUCGGUCGAUACUCUCUCAGGCAUAGCACAGGUCAUCGUCACUGCUGCUUGGACGGACUGACUAUAGUAUAGGAAGAGAGCGUUGCGAGGUUCGUUGUGGGGCGCCGAAGCCGUUUCGGAAAUAGAUCUUGUACGCGUACUCAGCGGUGACCACCUUCAGUCAGUCAAACAGGUCACGUCACGGGUUGUUACUGAGCGCGAGUGGUGUGGUUUUCUUGAGGCGCACUGCAGUGUGGCGUAAUCCGCCACGACUUAUCACAUACAGCUUGAGCCCAACUUCCGGGCAAGUGUCGUACGCGUACGCGUAAGCAACAUCUAACAGUGCAGUGCAGUUUGUGAGCUUGCAGAGGUCGGGUUCGGGUGGUGUUUGCUGGAAUGGAAAGUACUUUCAACUCGUCGAUCGGAAAAAAGUUGCCCUCGAAAUUGCUAUUGCUAGUAUUGGUUCCAGCCAGAGCUGCAGACCAAAACAACAAAACUAGCCAUUCACAUGGUAUGGUUUGCGUGUGGUGAUCCUCUCUCUUUCUUUGAGGCGGCCCAUAGUGCUUGGAUGGCUACAAAACAAGCGUGUCAGGAAGGAGAGCGAAAGAGAUACCAGCAAUAAUAAUAAUAAUACACAUUCAACACGCCGAGGUACGAAGAGUGGAACAUAAAAAAACGCGGAAAAUAUCCACGAAACAAAGAAAAAAAGAACUUGUUAAAGUGAACUCCAAAAGAGAGACGACGAGAAGAGAGAAAAAAGUUUCUUUCUUCCGACGAGACUGAUCUCUGAAGAAGAAAAGAUCUAAAUUUUCCGUUUAAAGCAAAGGAGAAUCCAGGUGCGCAAACAUGCUCAAGAGUGGCAACGGCGGCGGUGCCGGCAAACCCGGCAGCGAGGAAAAGAUGGACACCCUGCUGUCCACCAGCCAGAUACCGAUCAUUGAUCUGGCCCACUGUGGCACUGAGGAAUGUCCGAUCCGGUCGGUCGUAAAUCGCGUUGGUGGACAACUGUUUCGUGCGCUGUCGGAGAAAGGCGUUGCACUGCUGGUCAACCAUGGCAUUCCCGAGGAAAAGAUAAAAAUGGCAUACAGUCAUUUAGACGAUUUCUGCAAAUUGCCAGACGAUACAAAGGAGAUGUACCUGCGCAAAACCGGUAAUCACGGCUACAUAAAACCCGGUCAAGAGCGAUUCGACGGAGUAUCCAAGGACAUCCGUCACACGUUCAACAUUUGCACGCUGAAGCCGGAAGCACCCCUGCCUGAGGAACCCCUACCAGGAUUCCGGGAACACAUUUCCGAUUUGGCCACAGAUUUCCAGCGAUUGUCAUCCCUGCUGCUGCAAGCGUUGGCCAUUGGUUUGGAGCAGCCCACCAAGUACUUCCUGGAGAAGCACUCGCACAUUCUGGACGGCGAAAGUGAAAACCAGUCGACAUUCCGCCUGUUGUACUAUCCGCCGUUGAUCGAGGACGAUGGCAAGAACGAGCUGCAACGGGGCACCUGCAAGUACAGCCAGCAACGCUGCGCCAAGGACGAGAUUGACCUCUCGAUUCCCGAGGAUUACAGGAAAAAGCGAGCUGAGGAGGAGGAGGAGCGGAGGGAGGACGACGAGAAGCGAACCCGUUGUGGGGCACACUGUGAUUAUGGAACGUUUACCCUGCUGGUUCAGGACUCCGAAGGUGGACUCGAGGUGAAGCUGCCCGGAGUGGACAAGUGGAAGCGCGUGGGACAUCUGCCGGGGGCGAUUCUGAUCAACGCGGGCGAGCUUCUGUCCACGUGGACGAACGAUAAGAUUACGGCAUUGCUCCACCGCGUUGUGAUACCGGAAGAAGAAGCCCUCAAAACCCGCGGUAGACACUCAAUAGCAUUUUUCGUGCACCCUGAUAACUGCAUAGACAUCGAGCCGUUCGAACUGCCCACCUCGAGCUCCUCCAACUCGCUGGACUCGAUGGACAAGAAACCAAAGAACCGGAAAAAGUCCUUCAAAACGGCAAAGACAAAAAUCUACAACGCUUACCAGCACGUCCAACGCCGCUUCAAAGAGACGUAUGCUUCCUGAAGGAACGAGAUGGUGGUGCGAAGGAUAAACUCGCGGAAAAAAACUUUUCCUUCGGAAGCUGUUUAAUGUCCCGGCAUCUUUUUUUAAUAUUUAGAUUAAACUAAAUAGCGAAAACUACUUUCAGAUCAUGGAAAAAAAAACUACUUACUCAUGGCUGUCGUUGGUGGCAGCGUCAAGGGUUGUGACUGUAAAUAUGAAACUGUGUACACACGCAAAACUGACUAGUUAAUUAUCCUACUCAGACUUUUCUUUAUAUUACUUAACCGGUUGAAAAUAUGGUUUUCCCUGUAGCCGAUAUUUAUUUGUCCUUUCUUGAACUUAUUUAUUAGCUUUCCCCCAUGCAAGACGCAUGACUUUCAAGUAAACUUCACUUGCUCUAAUCAGUUGGAAUAUGCAAUAGCUUCCAACAAAACUGCCACAUGUUGCUGAUUGGAAAAUACAAAAUAAUAUCGUUCAAGUCUUCCGUUUACUUGCUAAUAUUUUUUAAAUCGAUGGUAUUUUUAUCGACUCUCCAGUUAAAAGUAGGACAUCUGCGAGUGAUUGAAAAGCAAACCUCGUUUCUUAAGCUGAAGCAUUUUUUUCGAGCACACCGUCAACACAAAAAGAUAUGAAAAGUGAUAUCUUAUAAUAAAAUUUAGGACUUACUUUUGUAGAAUAUAA